UCUGUCACACUGUCUCUCUCUCUCCGUCUCUCAUUAAGACUGGUGAGCUAGGCAGCAUGGUUCCUCCAGGGUGGACUCUGGUAGCUGUCUUACUUUCUCUUGUCUCAGUUCUAGACCCAGUUGGUUCUGUUUCAACCUCUGAUAUCCAUCAAAAUGUGUGUAAGACCUUUGGCAGUGGAGUCGUCCAGAUGUUCAAUGGAACCGUAUUCUACGUCCACUCCACCUGUCCCUUCACGCUGACACGUUUUACUCACAACCGGGUGGACUGUGACAUCACCGUGCAUCGAGGUGAAAACGGCCUGCUGGAAUAUGUCGAGAUCAACAUCAACAAGAUCCAGACCCGGAUUCUGUACAAUGGAACCAUCUUCGUCGAGCAGAGAAUGGUGUCCCUUCCCUACGACCACACCUAUCAACAUGUGUUCCAGUACGGUACCAACACCAAGCUGAGGAGCACUGUUCUACCUCUGUCUGUCAUCUGGAGCAGUGUGGGCGUGGGCAUCGACUCUCUCUGGGUGAAACUGGAGCAGGAGCUAGUCCCUGGAAUGACUGGACUGUGUGGACGACCAGAUAUACCAGAUGACCGUCAGCAAUUGAUUGCAAAGAGUGUUCAUUCAGAGGACGGGUGCCAGACCAUGGACUCCCUCCGCACUAAGAGCACGGUCUGUCAGACGUUCCUCUCCAACUACAUUGAAUGUCUGCAGGCUAACACAAGCAAAUACAUAACUCUUUGUCAAGAGAAUAUUUACGGAUAUGAAAAAGAGCUUUAUGUAGCAUGUGCGUUCUACAAAGAAAUUGCCCAUCGGUGUCAGACCAGCCAUGCUUGGAGGACCUUGACACAAUGUCCUGAGUUCAGUUGCCCAGGAGAACUACACUUUGAGGAGCAGGGUGAUGCCUUUGUUCCCACCUGUUCCAACCCAGCACCUACAACCAAUGAUCAGGACAUUACCAGCACCUGUGUCUGCCCUCAAGGACAGGUAUUGAACGAUCGAGCAGAGGGCCAUUACUGUGUAAGUGUGUCAGCCUGCCCGUGUGUGUACGCCGGGAGGAACUAUGCACCGAGGGAAGAACGCAGAACUAAAUGCCAGACCUGUAUGUGCAACAAUGGCAAGUGGAUAUGCUCUCAGAACAGCUGCCCUAGUAGGUGUGUGAUUGAAGGGCAGUUUGUGACCACGUUCGAUGGGAAACAGUAUACCCUUCCCGGUAAAUGCGCAUACAUGGCCUCGAAGGGUUUUAAUUGGACGAUAUCCAUACAUUUUUCUGAGACGACGUCCUCCAUCCAAAACGUGUUUCUUCAGAUUUACCAGAAUACCUACAGAUUCUCUCACAACAGUGUACAGUUUGAGAAAGAGGAAAUCCGUGAGCUACAUCAGUCAGACAAUGCCAUGGUGUUCUGGCAGUCAUCCAUGUAUGUCCAGGUAUUGACAUCCUUUGGCAUGAAGAUCCAAGUACAGACGUCUCCAGACCUCCAGCUCUAUAUCACACUACCACAGAGUGAAGUAGGGAAGCCAGAAGGACUUUGUGGAAACUACAAUACCGAUACCACUGAUGAUUUCACCACAAGCAGUGGUAUCGUAGAAAAUGCAGCGGAACCGUUUGCGCUGUCCUGGAGUGUAGGGGACUGUCCUGUUAACAUACCUAAAGUCUGUAUCAACACCGACAACGAAAUAUUUGCAGACGAGAAGUGUCACACCUUGAGAGACCCCGGUGGGAUUUUCGCCAAGUGCUACGAUCACGUGCCUACUGACAAUUACCACAAGGCUUGUAUCCAGAGAACGUGUACCUGUGGAUCUGGGCCGCAGCAGUGUUUGUGUGUGGCCCUGGCAAAUUAUGCCAAAGCCUGUGCCAACCAGGGCAUCACAGUGGGUGACUGGAGAAGGGCCACCAACUGCACGGUACCGUGUGAGAACAAUCAGAGGUUUGACUACGAAAUGCAGGCGUGCAACAGCACCUGUCUCUCCCUAUCCCGGCCAGACCCCAGGUGUGGGGUGGAGGAUGCACCUGUGGAGGGCUGUGGCUGCAUGGAGGGCACUCAUCUGACCGGGGGGCUCACCUGUACCCCGAAGGCCCAGUGUCCAUGUCACCAUCAGAGAGGAGUCACACCACCAGGACCUGUUGCCGUCGAUGGACGACAGUGCAAAUGUGAGGAUGGAGAAUUGCUGUGCUCUGAAGAUUGUGGUUGCACCCAGGGGAAGGUUUGUGUGCAUUGCUCACAAUUUGCCAUAGACACAGCUCAAAAAACAUGUGCCAGUCUGAGCAAACCAACAAGUGCUGUUCAGAAUUGUACAAGUGGCUGUUACUGUCCAGGGGGCCAGUUGGAAGACCAUAGGGGUGUGUGUGUCACUGUGGACAACUGCACCUGUCAGUACAGCGGCAAAGUGUUCAAAGCUGGACAGAGUGUCAAGACCAACUGUAGAACAUGCACCUGCCGCCAUGCCCAGUGGAGCUGUGUAGAUGAACCAUGCCCUGGUACAUGCCUGGUGUAUGGAAACGGACACUAUCAAACCUUUGACUCUAAAUGGUACCGCUACGAUGGGAACUGUCAGUACACAUUAGUGGAGGAUGGCUGUGGUAGGGAAGCUGGGUCGUUUUCUGUCAAAGUGGAGAGUGUCCCGUGCUGUGACGAGGCUCUGACCUGUUCCCGGACCAUCGUGUUAGACCUGCUGGGUAAUGUCACUCUGACUCUGAAUGAAAUGAAGGUGACGAGACGGCUCCAAGGGGGAUGGGCUUCUCUGGAGGCGGAGCCUCUGUACUCCACCCACACUGUGGGCCUCUACAUCAUGAUCUCAGUGCCUUCUAGAGGACUAACCCUCAUCUGGGACAAACACACCCAACUUACCGUCAUACUGGACGACCGUUGGAGGAACCGAGUGUGUGGACUUUGCGGGAACUUCGAUUCCAACGAGAUGAACGACCUGCAGAUAAGUGGGUCAUCGGUGGUGUCCAGCCCCCUCGCCUUCGGCAACAGCUGGAAGAUGGCCACCCCCCCCUGUUCUGAUGUGACCAAUGAGGUGUUUCCGUGCCAGCGCCACUCUUACUGCGCCGCCUGGGCCGAGAGACGCUGUAUGAUCCUCAGGGGAGACACCUUUAAGGACUGCCACUUGAAGGUGGACCCCGAGCCCUACUACCAGGCCUGUGUGUUGGAGUCGUGCUCCUGUGAGUUUGAGGGGAAGUUCUUGGGUUUCUGUACGUCCGUGGCGGCCUACGCUGAGGCCUGCAGUGACCAGGACGUGUGUGUCCGCUGGAGAACGCCAGACAUGUGCCCGGUAUACUGCGACUACUACAAUGAGCAGGGCCACAGUAGCUGGCACUACGAUCCCUGUGGACAGAUCAAGACCUGUGGCAAAAACAACCUCUUCACUGGCAAGCUGGAAGGCUGCUACCCGAGAUGCCCAGCAGAGGCUCCAUACUAUGAUGAGAACAGAAGGAGUUGCUCCACUUUGGACAACUGCACCUGUUAUUCCAAUGAGACUACUGUUGAACCUGGUACAGUUAUCAGGAAACCCACUGAGAAAUGCACUUGUGAGCAGGGACGUAUUAACUGUGGUCGUGAUCAAACCACCACAUCUGAACCUACAACCACAGCUACACAAUCAACUACAAUGACAACUACACCUGAACCUACAACAACUAUACUGACUACUACACCUGAACCUGAACCUACAACCACACCUAAACAACCUACUACUACAUAUGAACCUACAACCACAGCUACACAAUCAACUACAAUGAGAACUACACCUGAAGCUACAACAACUAUACUGACUACUACACCUGAACCUACAACCACACCUAAACAACCUACUACUACAUAUGAACCUACAACCACAGCUACACAAUCAACUACAAUGAGAACUACACCUGAAGCUACAACAACUAUACUGACUACUACACCUGAACCUACAACCACACCUAAACAACCCACUACUACAUAUGAACCUACAACCACAGCUACACAACCUACUACUACAUAUGUACCUACAACCACAGCUACACAAUCAACUACAAUGAGAACUACACCUGAAGCUACAACAACUAUACUGACUACUACACCUGAACCUACAACCACACCUAAACAACCUACUACUACAUAUGAACCUACAACCACAGCUACACAAUCAACUACAAUGAGAACUACACCUGAAGCUACAACAACUAUACUGACUACUACACCUGAACCUACAACCACACCUAAACAACCUACUACAACAUAUGAACCUACAACCACAGCUACACAAUCAACUACAAUGAGAACUACACCUGAAGCUACAACAACUAUACUGACUACUACACCUGAACAUACAACCACACCUAAACAACCUACUACUACAUAUGAACCUACAACCACAGCUACACAAUCAACUACAAUGAGAACUACACCUGAAGCUACAACAACUAUACUGACUACUACACCUGAACCUACAACCACACCUAAACAACCUACUACUACAUAUGAACCUACAACCACAGCUACACAAUCAACUACAAUGAGAACUACACCUGAAGCUACAACAACUAUACUGACUACUACACCUGAACCUACAACCACACCUAAACAACCUACUACUACAUAUGAACCUACAAUCACAGCUACACAAUCAACUACAAUGAGAACUACACCUGAAGCUACAACAACUAUACUGACUACUACACCUGAACCUACAACCACACCUAAACAACCUACUACUACAUAUGAACCUACAACCACAGCUACACAAUCAACUACAAUGAGAACUACACCUGAAGCUACAACAACUAUACUGACUACUACAACUGAACCUACAACCACACCUAAACAACCUACUACUACAUAUGAACCUACAACCACAGCUACACAAUCAACUACAAUGAGAACUACACCUGAAGCUACAACAACUAUACUGACUACUACACCUGAACCUACAACCACACCUAAACAACCUACUACUACAUAUGAACCUACAACCACAGCUACACAAUCAACUACAAUGAGAACUACACCUGAAGCUACAACAACUAUACUGACUACUACACCUGAAUAUACAACCAUACCUACACAACCGACUACAACAAGAACUACACCUGUACUUACGUCAACUAUAUUGACUAUUACACCUGCAUCUACAACCGCCCCUACACAACCCACUGUACUGUUGAUUACAACACCUGAAUAUACAACCACACUUCAACAACCCACUACAACACCUGAACCUACAACCUCACCUAAACAACCCACAACAACAAGAACCACACCUGAAUAUACAACCACACUAUUCCCAUCGAUAGUUACAGGACCUACAAAUAUUCAACAUAGUACAGGAGCUAUGGUUGUGUUGAGUACUACAGCCGGACAAACCACUACUGCAGAAGCAACUACAGCAUACAUUAAAACUACAACUAAAUUAGCAUCUACACAACCCACAACUACACUCUCAUAUUCUACAACCAAAUAUGUUGAACCAACAUCUACAACCGAACCAACUUCUUCACAUACUGAAAUGGCAACCGAACCAACUUCUUUUACUGAAAUGACAACCAAACCAACUCAUUUUACUGAAAUGACAACCAAACCAACUCAUUUUACUGAAAUGACAACCAAACCAACUCAUUUUACUGAAAUGACAACCAAACCAACUUCUUUUACUGAAAUGACAACCGAACCAACUUCUUUUACUGAAAUGACAACCAAACCAACUCAUUUUACUGAAAUGACAACCAAACCAACAUCUGAAGGACCAUCGACUGAAGCAACAACCCUGUACACAAGUCAACCAACAACCUCCUCUACACGAUCUCCCACUACCUCUGAAUUGACAACAUCUACGGGUCCAACAACAAUGUCAACAACAAUAUAUACAGAGUCUACAACACGUACAAUUUGUGAGUGUAGAGACCUGAAGAGGAACAAGAUAUGGGUGUGUGGAGAGAAGUGGACAGAAGACUGCUUCAAUAAGAUUUGUAAGGGUGGGAAGAUAGAGAUGACUUCGGUCACCUGUCCGAAUCCAGUUCGCCCCACCAUGUGCCCCAGGGGACAGAUGGUCAGAGUCUCAGACGGAUGCUGUAACUACUGGAAGUGUAAUUGUCAUUGUAACCUCUAUGGAGACCCUCACUACAUCUCCUUCCAGGGUGUAGCCUUUGACUUCCUGGAUAAUUGUACAUACAUCCUGGUCAAGGAGAAAACGCUGCGUCACCAUCUGACUGUUACCGUGGACAACUACUUCUGUAUUCCCGAGUUGGACGGCUCCUGUGCCAAAGGCAUCAUCCUGCAGUACCGGAACAACACGGCCACUGUCAGCAUCGUACCGGAUGAGUACAGGGUGAAGUCUACUCUGAACCAGAAGAACGUUGAGCCUCCCUAUGAGGAGAAUGGUAUCAGGUUUGAGACAACAGGCUAUAUGGUGUCUGUAUACAUCCCUGAGAUACGCUCACAUAUCUCUCUCACACCAUCCAACACUGUGACUGUCACCUUGGCCAUGGAGCAUUUCCUGAAUAACACCCAAGGACAAUGCGGUGUGUGCGGUGGGAGCUCUUGUGUGCGUAGAAGUGGGGAGACUGAAGCUGACAGCUGCUGUGAUAAGACCGCCUAUGACUGGAUCUAUGAGGACCCUCUGAAGCCUGAGUGUAGCGCUGCUCCCAGGGACAUCCCUUGCCAUCCUCCAGGCCCUCCUCCAAACAAUACUACCAGCUGUCCUGGCAGCCCCCUCUGUGACCUUCUCCAUCACCCAGUUUUUGCAGAUUGCAGUAGAUGGGUGGAUCUGAGCCAGCUUGAGAAGAACUGUAGGUUUGAUUCGUGUGGUAGGAACGACAUGGCUUGUUCUCCUCUGGAGCAGGCUGCUGAGGAGUGUAAGAAAGCAGGCAUCUGUGUGAACUGGAGACAACUCACCAACGGGACCUGUGCUAUUGGGUGCCCAACAGGGAUGGUGUACAGAGAGUGCCAAGGUCAAUUGGAUGACUACUGUCACGGAGGAGUCCGUGUUCAAGGGAGAGUCCAGGAGGAAGUUAAGGCUGGAUGUUUCUGUCUCAGAGGACAGUUCAGAGCUGAGGAGCACAAGAUGAUCUGUGUGUCGGAGUGUCCCUACUGCAAGGGUCCACUGGGAGAACACAAGCAGCUUGGGGAGACAUGGCAGUCUAACUGCCAGGUGUGUACGUGUAGCAACCAAACCAAGACCGAGGAGUGUCAACCUAACCCCUCCCCUCCCCCCCCACCUCUCUGCAGUCAGAACUCAGUCCUGGUUACCGGCUGCUGUGGCAAACAGACUUGUGUUGAGAAGACGUGUAACUAUAAUGGAAGGACCUACAAAGUGGGAGACAGUUGGUCAGACCUUGCCCUGCCUUGUGAGUCCUAUAUCUGUACCAGAGAAGGCAUUCAGACAGUGAGAAGGGUGUGUCCCCAUCAGAACUGCUCAGAGGAGGACAGAAUAUGGGACGAACAACAUUGCUGCUACACAUGUAACCAGACCUGUGCUACCAGGGUUUCUAGUGUGAACAUCACUGUAGACAACUGCACAGCAGCACUACAGCUGCCCAUGUGUCAAGGCCAGUGUGGGACAGAGACAAGAUGGAUUGUUGCUCGCAGUGUUCUCCAACUGGAACAGAAGUGUGAGUGUUGCAGAGUGAGGAGUUAUGAGAGGAAGUCAAUGAAUCUGACCUGUACUGGUGGCUCCGUUAUGCCACACCUGUAUGCACAUGUUACCAGCUGCGAGUGCCAGAAGUGCAGUAUAUUGCAGUAAACAUUGCCUUGUAUUCUGAACGUAUAUACAUGCACACAAACCAAAAAAAAUCUAUAUUGAACUGUUAUUAAGAUGGUGAAAAUGUGCCAAAUCAAUGGUUUCUCUAGAUUCUGCAACCUUCUUAUAAUACUGUCUUGGUCGGUGUGUUGAGGGUAUACUGUACGGUACGUGCAGAACAACGGCUUAAUGUUUCCUUGGUGUAAUAGGUUUUUCUAUAUUGCAUAUACUCUGUUCCAGUGCAGGAAGUGGACCAUUGUAUGUAGCAUAUCGUUGAUUGCGUAUGUAUUCCAUAGAUUUCACAUAGGAAAUCUUCUAAUGAUCAACCCAGCACUUUUAGCACUUUUACAGCUAAAUGACUGCAGCUCCAAUUUGAAAGUGAUUUUCUUAUUUUAUUGAAACGUUUAUUUCAAGAACUGUAACCACUUUGAUUUUGCUGAUUUAUUUUCAAUAAAGUACUGAAGCCUCUACAUUGAA